CUUGGCUUCAACGCCGGCCCGAAGACGCCCUCCUCCCUCCACAGUGAAAGCCACGGUGCCUCGGCCGUAACCACCACAGAUGCCACGCGGAGUGCCAUUGUGAACACCUAGGACCCAGCUGCCGUAGAUCGCGGCACCCUUUGCUGCUGUGGGGACAUGCAAAGAGGUAUCGGCGCAGGAAUCGCAAUCGAACUCGGACGACGCGGGGCCGAUGUCAUACUCAUAUACUCCGCUCCCAGCAGCGAACACUUAGCCCAAGGUAUCGCCGAGAGAAUCACCUCACUCCGUCACCAUCCCAUGGCCCUCUGCAUCCGCGGUGAUCUCGGCGACUGCCAGACCCCGAGUACCAUCGUAGAUACGGCUAUCAACUGGCUCCGAGCGAACGGGAAGGGGGAGAAGAUCCAUAUCCUCGUCAACAACGCAGGUGUGGAACUUGCAAAGUCCUUAGGCGACAUCACACCCAGGGAGUUCGCCUCGGUAUACGAUGUGAACGUCCGCGGGACGCUGCUCAUGACUCAGGCCGUCUUACCCUACCUGGCGACCAGUGGCCGCAUCAUCAAUCUCUCGUCGGUGGGCGCUCGGGCGUCGCUCGCAAACAAGAGGAAGAGCCAGAGGAAGAGCCAGAGGAGGUGGAAGAGGAGGAGGAACAGAAACAGGAAGAGAACGACGGAGAGUGCUUUGAACGAGACCCUCUUGGAUGUAACUCAUCGUGCCCACUUCCAGCGGGCCCCAAGCACGAUCACGCUAGUGAAUGGAUCCAUUCAAACCAUCUAGCAACCCUCCUCUGUUAUCUCACGUGCGCAUGGGUUAUUAAAGUGUUCCUUCUCGUCCUCAAAGAAGCGCCUCUGCUCCUCCUCCUUGCGGGCGACUUCAGUCUUCUCAGACACAUGGCGGCCGAGAGCCCCUUUGCGGCAGCUCUAGCUAUGUGUUCUUUGUAUCGUAGUUUCGCGUCCAUGACCACUCCCAGGAUCUUGGCGCUCGCUUUGGGCUUGACUGCUUCCCCUUUGAUCAUGAACGGGUGUGUCGCUAGUACUCGCGGCGUUUCGCGUGAAA